AUGGAAAGAUAUUAUUACUGGACGUGGUUGCUGGAAGUCGCCUUGGCCGCAGGGGGCUACCCACCAGGACCAAUCGUCGGCGGUGGUGGCAAUGCGGUCGGACCAUAUACAGGAGGAGCUGGUGGUAGUGUGGCCGGAGUUGCCGGAGGAGCUGGAGGAGGAGGAUGCGUGGGUGCUGCCUGCGCUGUCGGACCCGACUUCAAUCCAUAUCUUCUGCAGGGAGUUCGUGGUUUGCCGGGAAUUCGAGCUCGUCUCAAUCAACGUGCAUUCCAAUAUGCUAGUGGGCUAAUUGCCACACUGCUUAACCAGGAAAUCAAACGAGCCCGGAUUCCGCCUAUCACUCAAGCACCUCCAGGCGGGAUACAAGGCUGUAUUAUUAUCUACAAUCUAUACGUUUCACGGUAUCGUUGUCCACAAAAUGUCGUCCUUUAUCCAGCGCCACCGAACCGAAUCAUUCUGCAGGUUCAGAACGUCGAUAUAGGAAUAACUGGUAAUCUCGGAGGACAAAUCGUCAUACUGUUGCCGAUCGCACUCUUCGGUAUCAUACAGAUGAACAUUCAUCAGAUGUCGAUCACCGUAGAAUUGGCUGUGGAACGUGGACCACGUGGUCCAUACGUCAGAAUGCUGUCAUGUAACAUCCAAAUCGGAUACGCCGAUGCUUACAUUGAGAAUGGCGGCCUUAUCGGCGACAUUAUCAACUCGCAGUUCAGGUCACGAAUCUCCAACCAAGUCCGAGAAAUGAUUCCUGGCCAAGUGUGUGGUAUGCUGCCGUCGAUUAUCGACGAAAAGCUGAACGGUCGUCUGUCCGGACUGCCACAAGCGAUUGCCGUCUCUCAACUUCUCAGUAUGUUCGGCUCAGCUCUAGCGGGCGCUGGAUCGGCCUCGCCAUCGCCUCAAUACUGCGAGACUCAAUGCGGCCAGUCAGCUCUACGCAUACCUUCCACGGCAACCUCUGCUGCUAGCUCAGGUGUUCAAGGAGGAAGCUCUUCUAUCGCAGGACCAGGUCAAGCGCCUCAGAUUCCUCAAGCCGCUUAUAAUGAUCGACCGCAGGCCCGAGGAAUCCAACAAAGGGUCUACAACACCAACCAGUCAAUGAUGUUGAGACAAGUUCCGAGAAGGAGCGCAGUUCGCGCAGCUCCAACUGUCUAUCGGCCACGCAUCAUUACAUAUUUGGAAGGUGAUGCUAGCAAGGCGAUACAUCACACGGUGGUUCGAAACAAGCGUCAAGCUCAAGUCUUCCAAUUCACGCGGCUUUCUGCCGUUCCGAACGGAGUUGCCCAGAUCGUGCGGCCAAGUCGUGGAAUCACCGGCCCUGGUGGUUUCCAAACUGGAGGCGGACAAUUCGCGGGACCAGGCGCAGUGGGCGGAUUCCGUCCUGGAGGACCAGCGGGACCACGUCUUCCUCCGCCUCCUCCUGUUCCUGGUGCUCCAGCACCAGCGUUGGUGCCACCGAGCCCUGAUUUGUGCGCUAAAUGUCCUCCUGCUGCUCCAGCCGACGAUCCGAUGAGCUUCAUUAGACAACUGGCUGCCGGUCUCGAUAUGCGAAAACUCAGUGACCUGUACUUGAGUAUUCAACUGGUUGGUACGUCAGCAACUUCAAAUGAUUUCACCGUCGAUCUUACCGGAGAAUUCAGCCCGAACGCACAAGGAGGCACGCCGUUUGGUGCAUUCCCCGUACAAUUCCCUUACGCUUUCGAUUCUCAUAUGGCUGAAUUCAUCGUAACUGACUACACAGUGAACAGUUUGUUCUACUGGUUGCACAGGAAACAAUUCUUGACGUUCCACAUUGGUCCGAACACGCCUAAGAUCGGCGAGCUCUUGAAAACGACAUGUAAUGAAGACGAAGACGAGGAUGGACUGGAAGCCACAGAGGUGGAGCUUGACGAAGAGGAUGCUGAUCGACGACGUCGUCGAAAGGUGUCGAAGAAAACGUUGAAGACGUGGCGAAACAGGCGUGAGACGGCUGUCGAGAUUAUGAUGAGAGGCCGUGGCAAACGCCAGGAUGCUGGUGGCCUUGCCGAUCUCGGCAUUUGCUUCGGUGAUAUCUUGCCGGCCGUGCGAGAGAAAUAUCCGAAUCAGAAGAUCGCGAUAGUUAUUCGAACAGUACGCGCACCUUCCGCCAUUUUCAGCGCGGCACGUGGAGGUAUGGUGACACUGGAUUUGGUAGCCGAUGCCGAUAUCUACAUCGAUGGAACCAAUAACAGAGUGGAAACUGAAUUUAGCCAUUUCCAGGUCGGAACGAUCACCAUAGCAGCCACGAUAGUAAUAGUGGCCCAAAUACAAGGAAAUCGCCUGACGGGUACAGCAGAAAUUUCGAGCCUCAAGCUGACUGACAGAGCAGGAACGCUUGGUCUGCCGCAAGAUGCACUCGACAACCUCGGAAAUCUUGGCAAGGAACUCAUACAGAAGUUACUCAACGACACACUACAGAAGGGCAUUGUGAUCAACCUUCCACUGAAUGGUUUGGGUGGUUUGCCUAUCAACGUCAUCAAUCCAUCAGUGCGAAUCAUCGAACACGGUAUAUACAUCGCCACCGAUCUGACCAUCUCACCCUCAUUACUCGGUAUCGAACCCAGUCAAUGCUGA